AUGGAUUAUAGGCCUGUGCUCCUGUGCCGGGGCAAAGCUUUCAACGAUUUCACCGGACCAGACUGUCGGUUUCUGUCAUUUAAAAAAGGAGAGACUAUAUAUGUCUACUAUAAACUCUCAGGCCAAAGGACAAAUAUAUGUGCAGGGAGUGACCAACUCGUAAUCAAUCACAUAUACACUGAAAAAGAAUUGGAGAUUCCUGCUGAGGAAACCGACAUUGUUUGCUUUGACACUGGACACGAUAAGUUUGACAGUUAUGCCAUUGAUUCACUGUUAGGUUCCUCUUUAUUGUUAACAGACAAGGAGGAAUCUGUGCAAGUAACCACAGAGACUUUGUACCUUAACAAAAGUGCUGAGAGCACCACGGUGGAAGUGGAUGAGCCUCCACCUGAAGUGACACUGUUAGAAAAUGAUGAGAUUGAUAGGGAUGUACCUGAGGACAUUGAUAAGGUUGUAGAGGUUCCAGAUAAUGAUGAUCUGAGACAUUUUGAGGCUUUAGAGUCCUCUCUGCCUCAGCCUGAAACUCUUGACACAAAGGGAGUGGAAUCUAACACUGUACUUGAGACCACAGCUGAGAGGAUCAAAGAUUACCUUCAGAAAGAUCAGCAGAGGACAGAGGACUCUGUGCCGUACAGUGUUGUUGAACCAGAGGAAGGUGAGAUCAAAGAAACCCCCUCAGAACCUGAAUCCAAAGAUGAUCCUGAGUUAGAAAAUGCACCUGAUGGUUUUUCAGAAGGCAGACCUAUUCCAGAGUUAAACACCACACUUGGAAUAACUUUUGAUGCUGUCACUUCCAAUGAUGAGGACACUUGGAAGGUGACUCCAUAUGACGAGGAAAGUGACAAGACUGAAUAUCAGCAGGAUGAGGACAGUGAUCAUCAUCUCAGGGAAACUCCAUUGCUGGCUUUUUCUGAAGAAAGUUCUAAUUUGGAACACGAGAACAUUCCGGAAUCUGAUCAGACAGAUGAGGAAGACAGUCUAUCAGAGGUACCUCAUACACAGAAACAGGACUCCAAGGACAAUAACCUGUGGUCUGCAUUUGGUGAUACCGUUUUUAACAUUGUCAGUGGUGGGGAAAGAAUAGCUUAUGUUGCCGGUUCAGAGGAAGAUGACGAGGAGGAUGAUGAUGAAGGUGAGAUUACACCAGAGGAGCCUCCCAAAAUUGAAGAACCCAAGGAGUCAUUUGGCUGUUCUACUUCCUCUGAGCUAAUCUUUGAGGAACCUGCGGACUCUAAUUUCAGUGAGGAUGCUGUCAAAGUACCUGAUGAGGAUUCUCAGACGUUGCAGUUUGAGGAUGAAUCUGAAGAAGGUGUCAUCGAACCUUCAACACCUCCUGCUGAUGAGGCGAGUGAACACACUGAGGCUUUAGCAGAGAAUCUUACAGAAGAUGACAGCCCAGUCCCUAAACAGCUCUCACAGACAGACAUGCUCUCAGACUUUGAUAGUAAAAUGAACGAAUCAGAGCAGAAACAAGCUGUUGAAGAACUCCCCAUACAAAAAGAGGAGUCAAUAGAUUUCUCACAAGUAGAGAAUACUUUUAAACAGGGUGGUACAGAGCUUUUCAGACUAUUUCGAGAACCAUACCAGAAGGUCCCAGAUCCAAGUAAAAACACAAUGGUGAAAGAGAGCCAUCAAGAACUCCCCAUAGAGGAGGAGGAUUCAAUACACCUAGAGGGGGAAGAGAUUGAGGAAGAGUUGCUAGAGGAUGAAAAUGCAGUAUUGUCUUCAUCCAAAACUGAGCACACUGAUGAAAAUGACACAGAAAGUCUAUCUGAAUUUGGGUCAGAGCAACCCAAUAAUUAUACACAAACCGAUGUUGUAUCCAGUGAUGUGUUGGAUGUGGUCCAACACGACGAGGCUAUUGACAUAGAACCUGAGGUGCAUGAGACUGAAAAUGAUGCUGAAAGCCACACGCCCUCACUUAAAGAUAAAGUUCUGGAUCCCCUUCCAAACAAAGAGGCGGAAUACAGUAACAAUGUGUUGAGGCUGAGACUAUUGCGAGACCGCUGCAAGGAGGAGGACAUGGAGCGCCUCCAAAAGAUUCUAGGUCCUCAGAACCUCUUUAGGUUGGAGUUCCUUUUUUUUGACCUGGAGCUGAAGGCUGCCCGGCGGUCCCAGACAAACGUCAGUGAGGACAUUGAAACGGUGCUGGAAGCCAUUUUGGAAGGCUCUGAAACCCCAAUCCUGGAUGAGAUUGAGAGGAUGCUGGAUGCCCAUGAGAACGCUGAACCUGCAGCAGGAGGCUGGUGA